AUGUUGCAGGACAAAGCACAACUUUCUUUUGAAGACAAAUGGCCGGGAAUGAGGCCAAUCAUUUUAAAACUAUUACAACAAGAGCCAGUAACACAAAAAGAAUGGCAAGACUUAUUUUAUUCUGUUCAUCUUACCUGCUUAUGGGAUGAUAAGGGGCCUCCAAAAGUUAGGGAUGCAUUAAAAGAUGAUAUAAUGAAUUUCAUUAAACAAGCUCAGCAAAGGGUUUUAGCUCAUGAAGAAGACCAAGCGUUACUAAAAGCUUACAUUGCUGAGUGGCGUAAAUUUUUUACCCAGUGUAACUAUUUACCAACUCCUUUUAGACAAUUGGAAACUUCGUUAGGUGCAAAAGUAAUGCCAGUUGCUAAAAAACCCACUACUGAAGAAAGUAUAGUUAGAAAAUUAAUGUUAGAUAGUUGGAAUCAGAGUAUAUUCUGUGAUAUAAAACAAAGACUUCAAGAUUCUGCAAUGAAAUUAGUUCAUGCCGAAAGGAAUGGUGAAGCUUUUGAUUCUCAGCUUGUGAUUGGAGUCAGAGAAUCUUAUGUUAACUUAUGUUCAAAUCCAGAUGAUAAAUUACAAAUUUAUAGAGAAAAUUUUGAAUUAGCUUAUCUUCAUGCAACUUUAGUUUUUUAUAAAAUGAAAGCUCCUCAAUAUUUGGAAGCAAAUGGAGUUCAAAAUUAUAUGAAAUAUGCAGAUGCUAAAUUAAGGGAAGAAGAACAAAGAGCCCAAAAAUAUUUAGAAUCAUCUAGUUCAAGCAGUUCUGUCGAAGUAAUUAAUGCUUGCUGUGUAAAUGCUUUAGUAUCUGCUUUCAAAGCCACAAUAUUAGCAGAAUGUGCUGGAAUGAUCAAAAACAAUGAAACUGAAAAAUUGCAGCUAAUGUUCAAAUUAAUGGAUAGGGUUCAAGAUGGAAUAUUGCCAAUGUUAAAAGAUUUAGAAGAUCACAUUGUGAGUGCAGGACUCGCAGACAUGCUUGCAUCGGCCGACAUAAUCACACAAGACUCUGAAAAAUAUGUUGAAAGGUUACUUAAGCUUUUUAAUCAAUUUAGCACAUUGGUUAAAGAAGCAUUUAAUGAUGAUCCGCGAUUUUUGACUGCUAGAGACAAAGCUUAUAAACAUGUUGUUAAUGAUACGUCAGUUUUUCGAUUAGAAUUGCCAGUGAAACAAAAUUCAGGUGUAAAAUCUCAGCCGGAGUCAAAGUGCCCGGAAUUACUCGCGAACUACUGUGAUAUGUUAUUAAGAAAAACUCCACUUAGUAAAAAGUUAACAUCGGAUGAAAUAGAAAGCAAACUCAAAGAUGUUUUGUUAGUGUUAAAAUAUAUUCAAAAUAAAGAUGUGUUCAUGAGAUACCAUAAAGCACAUUUAACUAGGCGACUCAUCCUUGAUACAUCUGCAGACUCCGAAAAGGAAGAAAAUAUGGUCGAAUGGUUGAGAGAAGUUGGUAUGCCAGCAGAUUAUGUAAAUAAAUUGGGAAGAAUGUUUCAAGAUAUAAAAGUAAGCGAAGAUUUAAAUCAACAAUUCAAAGAACAAUAUAGAAGUUGUAAAGGAAAUAUAGCAGAUUCCAUUAGUAUUAAAAUUCUUAAUGCUGGAGCUUGGGCCAGAGGAAGCGAAAGAGUCACUGUUUCAUUACCUCUUGAAUUAGAAGAUUAUAUUCCUGAAGUAGAAGAUUUUUAUAAGAAAAAACACAGCGGAAGAAAAUUACAGUGGUACCAUCAUAUGUCUAAUGGCACAAUAACUUUUUCCAACGCUGUUGGACGAUUCGAUGUUGACGUGACGACGUUUCAAAUGGCCGUUCUUUUUGCUUGGAAUCAAAGGCAGUUCGAUAAAAUAUCAUAUGAAAAUUUAAGGUUGGCCACGGAAUUGCCUGAUAUGGAACUAAGAAGGACUUUGUGGUCCUUGGUGGCAUUUCCAAAAUUGAAAAAGCAAGUUCUUUUAUAUUCUCCAGAAGUUCAAUCUCCAAAAGAUUUCGAUGAAAACACAUUGUUUUGGGUCAAUCAAGAUUUUGCAUUAGUGAAAAAUGGAAAAAUUCAAAAACGUGGAAAAAUAAAUUUAAUUGGAAGAUUACAAUUAUCAACGGAGAGGAGUAAAGAAGAAGAAAAUGAAAGCAUAGUUCAAUUGAGAAUUCUCAGAGUUCAAGAAGCUAUUAUAAAAAUACUCAAAAUGCGUAAAAAAAUAAACAAUGCCCAAUUGCAAGCGGAAUUAGUUGACAUAUUGAAAAAUAUGUUUUUACCUAGUAAAAAAAUGAUAAAAGAACAAAUUGAAUGGUUGAUUGAGCAUAAAUACAUGAAAAGAGACGAAGAUGACAUAAACACGUUUAUUUACAUUGCUUAA